GAAGUCGAGCUACGUCAUCGCCAUAUGGUUUCGCCCGGGCGCGGGGGUCACGCACGCCGCCGAAUCGCAGCCCUCUCCCCCCCCUCCCUUUCUCGCUUGUUUUAUUACGCGCGUGCGGGUUUUUGUUGUUGUUGUUGCAACUUUACAAGGAGUUUAAUUUUUCCCUUUCCUUCAUAUUCAUUCCGUGGCGAUGUCCGACUUCAAGCUGGGCAUAGUGAGGCUGGGACGAGUGGCCGGCAAGACCAAGUACACGCUCAUAGACGAGAGGGACAUCCCGCUGGUCGAGAGCUACGCUUUUGAGGCAAAGAUGGAGAUAGACGCAGAUGGGAACGGGGCACGAAUCUUCGCUUUUGUCUUUGAUCUGAACAAGGGUCGUAGUUCGGGCUGCUGGCUACACGAGAUGCUGUGGGAGAGGCACCAAGGAGGGAUUGCCACGGGGUUCACGGUGGUGCACAAGAAUGGAGUGACUGUGGACAACCGAUUGGACAACUUGGAGCUGGUGCACACCAACAUGAAGCCGGUUGUGGAAGAGAUCCCUAGGAAGCAGAGGGAGCAGAGUUUGUAUUGGCUGGCCAUCCAGCAGCUGCCGAGUGACCCGAUUGAGGAGCAUUUCCCCGAGCUUGGAGUCCUGCGGUACUACAACGCUAAUGGAGAGGCAGUAACGGAGGGAGAGGAGGAGAGUGGGGCCUACUAUGAGUGUCACUACCCCCCUUGUACUGCAAUCGAGAGACAGCUGCGAGAAUUUCACAUCUGCGGGCGCUGCAAAGCCGUGCGCUACUGUGGCUCACAGUGCCAGCAGCGCGAUUGGCCGGCGCACAAGAAGCGAUGCCGAGAGCGGAAGCGCUCUAGUCACCCGGCGCUGGAGCCCGAGCGGUGACUUGCCCCUGCUGCGUGUUUCACCUUGCGUCGUUGAGCAAGGCCCGCGCGCGGAGAGUGAUGGGAGGCGGCGGCGGUGCCCGCCCACCGUGCCACUUCACCCUUCCUGAACUCUUUUACUUUUAAUGAGAAGAGGUUUUCGCUGGAUUUACAAAUGCUGCACUACUUAUGUUCGCGCGUCCGGGUGGCCUCUACACAAUGUGCGCUGUUGGAUGAAGGAUUUUAAGAAUUGUUCAGCAGCCAUACUGCGAAAGUUUUGAACUAUUUGCAAUUCCCUCAAUUUCACAACUGCUACCUUCAUUGUACAUAACAAGUAAUGGUUUUCAAGCCUAAAUAAUAAGUACAGUUUUUUUCAUACGCGUUAUUGGGAAAUGUUAUUUAUAAGUUUCAAUUUGCAUUCUGAUAUUUUCAAAUGGAAUAAAUCACUUAAAUUAUUUUUAACUUGCGGAUAGAACAUCCAACUUCCUUUUUUAUUAUUUUAACUUGGGAGCAGUUUUGAAUGUUGUAAGCUAGUUGUGGUUUUCUUGGCAGUAAUGGUUUUUUUUACUGCAGUGUUGAUUAUUGUCAAAUCGGAUCGUCAUUUACAAAUGGUGCAGUUGACUAAAGUGUUUCAGUCGGCUUAUAUUCCCUACUUGGAUUAAGAUGUGACCAAGUGAAACUGAUUAUGGUUCACUCAUGCUACACAAAUUGUGGCUUUUUAACACUAAGCAAAUGUGCUUAAAAGUUCACAGCGUUACCGUUUGCCAAAGUAUGUGUUCGGUUGUUGAUUGUUAUUCGCAGCCAUUGACAAUGUUGCAUAUGGCAUCAAAUGUGGGUACUUUUGCAGAUCUGUUAACGAUUUCCACUGGAAGCAGGAAGCAACAGUUUUAAGAAUCGAUCUCUGGAUUUGAGCAUUUUGAUAUUUCAUACGCGUACCAUCAUUAAACGGUGCAUACUUUCUCUGGGUAAAAUUAUGACGUAAAAACAUAAUUGGUAAGGUCUGAUGGCUGCGUAAGAGCAAAGGGAAAGUUGGCCAUGCAUAACGCCUUGCCUGGUUGGCUGGAAUUUGACUGUCAGGGAAUUAACAAGUUUGUCUUGUUGACACGUGUCACUUUUUGAGCAGAAAUCUGCACCUAUGCUGGCCACUUGAAAGGCUAGUAAACUCAUCUGUUGGGCAUUUAUUUUGCCUGCACGGAGGUAAAUAAAUGACCUGUGAUUUGCAAAAGGCUGGUGCUUGUAUUGAACGGGAAAUUAAGUAAACGUUUCUUGCCGUUUUUAAACAAGGGUGCCUGCUUUGCAUAGUGGUUUUCUUUGUGCGUAUUGGAUGUUGGCUCAUUGACCCGUUGAAACACAUUCACUGCUGUGAUUUGAUUAAAAUGUCAGUAAAAUAAAGAAGGCAAAAUAUAUUUUUUGACUCUUUAAAAA